AUGGCCGCAGCUUCUUUACCUGAACUUUGUCUUGAAAGAAUAUUUAAAUAUUUGAGUAAUGAUUUAAACUCUCAAUAUUCAUGUAUACUUAUUAAUAAAUAUUGGUGUUAUUCGCUUAUAUCAAAACUUUGGGAAAACCCUUUUGAAUCUUUAAGAACAAAGAAUAAAAUCAAUUUUAAUUCCAAUCUUUACCUUAUUAAUACAUACUUAACUUGUCUUCCUCAAGAUAUACAAAAUUUUAUUGGAAUUCAAGAAAUAUCCAAACCACCAUUAUUUAAUUAUCCAAAUUUUUUACGUUAUAUUUCUACUCAAAAUAUUAAAAAUAAUGUUGUAAAAUGGGCGAAAUUAAAGAAUAUAAAAGAAACACCAAAAUUUAAGAUAUAUCUUUAUAAUGAAGAGAAUAAUGAAGUUCUAAUUGAAGUUGUAGAAUCUAUAACAAGAAUUUUAAUUGAAUAUUUUUUUACGAGUUCAACUUAUAUUAAAGGAAUUGAUCAAUAUAUUGGACGAUACCUUGAUAUUUAUCAAUUACCAAAUGCUGAAACAAAAUUAUCAAAUUUACAAAUUUUUAAAUGUGGAACAGAAACAUUUUCAUCAUCAUCAUCAUCAGGAUUUAUUUCUUUUACUUCAAAAAUUUCUAAAGAUAUACGACAAUUAGAAAUUCGAUUAAAAGUAAAAGAAAAUUCUAAUAAUAACAAUAAUAAUGAUGAUAAUAAUAAUAAUAAUAAUAACAACAACAAUAAUAAUAUUGAUAAUAAUUUUAUUAUACCAUUAAAAGAUAUUAUAAAUUUGAUAAAAUCACAAAGAAAUUUAAAACAAAUUUUAAUUCAAUAUAAUCCAAUAUUUUAUACAAAAAAUGAAAUUAUUGAUUUAUGGAAUAAUUUAAUGAUUCAUAAAGAAAAUUUAAUUGAAUUGGUACUUUCAAAAAUUAAUUUUGGUUAUAAAUUUCCUUUGGAAUUAUUAUCAAAAUUUUAUAAUCUUAAAAAAUUAUCAUUUGUUGAUUGUGAUAUUGAAGAUAUUUAUCCUUUAAAUUUUAUUCCAUCUUUAUAUGAAGAAUUUGAUCAUGAUAAUUAUUAUUAUUAUUAUAAUUUACAAUUAUUAGAUGAUAUUCAAUCUUUUAAAAAACUUCAAUUUUUAUUUAUUAAAUCAUCAAAUAUUGAAAUUAAUAAAAUAGAAAUUUUAUUACAACAAGCUUCUACUUCAAUUCAUUCUUUAGAAUUAUUUAAUUUAGAUACUUUGACAGAUUUAGAAGAUUUUACACAUUAUUUUUCAAAUAUUACUAAAUUAACUAUAGGAAUUAAUAUGAGAUGGAUGAUUGUUAUUUCUAUAGUAAAAUCAGCAAAUCUUUUAAGAGAAAUUCAUAUUUAUGAUGGAAGAAAUAAUGAUGAUUUAGAUGAUUUACAUUUAAAUAUGAAACCUAUGACAGCUGAUAAUUUUCUUUGUGAAAUUGGGAAAGUGAUGGGAGAAAAAGUUUUUACUUUUAGAUUUAAUUUAGAUUGGUAUUUUAAUCCAAAUUCUUUAAAUACUUUUUUGAAAAGAUGUAAUUUUAAUCGAUCCGAAUCAAAUCGAUUAAAAAUUUUAGAUUUUAGAAAAUUUAAAUGUUUUAGUAAUGAGCAUUUAGAUAAAAUUAUUGAUUAUUGUGGUGGUACUUUAAAUUAUUUUUAUUGUGAAGAACAUGAUAGUUUUACUCAAGAGAAUUUAUUAAGAGCAAAACAAUCUAUUAGAAAUGUUAUUAUUGAAAAGUGUAAAUGA